CUUUAGAUAACAUAAAAAGUUUUAAUAAUUUAUCUCAAGUCCUACUUGAAGCUCUCUGUUUAGACCUGCGCUAGUUACAAGCACCAAGUAUAAGCACCUUAAAUGACAAAAAACAAAAUUGUAAAUUCGAAAACAGAAAUGUCAAACUUAACGUAAACGGCUGGCGAGUGGCGGGCGCUCUAAAAAAAUUAAUUUUUAGUUAUUUUGAAAGCUUUUAAGCUAUUUAUUUACACCAUCAGUGCUCUUUAUCACCUCCAUCAUGUUCUCAACAAGCAGCCAAAGGAAGUUCUGGACUUUCAGCGAUGAAACUGAACUUGCUCGUCAGAGAGAAAAACAGAAUUUGGAAUUCAUAGCAAAACAUGGGCAACAUAUCGACGAAUACCAACGGUACAACUUUUUCUUGUCACCGGAGGAAGAGAGACUGUUGUUAAAACAAUACGAGCUGCACUUGAAAGAGUUUUGUAAAAGAUUCGCGCCUCCAAUGCCGAAAGGAGUUGUCGGUACUGCAUUUCAUUACUUUAAAAGGUUCUAUUUAUAUAAUUCAACGAUGGAUUACCACCCUAAAGAAAUUUUAGCUACUUGCGUAUAUUUGGCUUGCAAAGUUGAAGAAUUUAAUGUGUCCAUAUGCCAGUUCGUCGCUAACAUUAAAGGUGACAGAGAGAAGGCGUCGGAUAUAAUUUUAAACAAUGAAUUACUCUUAAUGCAGCAGUUAAACUAUCAUCUGACAAUUCAUAACCCUUUUCGUCCGGUCGAAGGGUUUUUAAUUGAUAUAAAAACUAGGUGUUCCCUUGCAAAUCCGGAACGCUUACGUAGUGGUAUUGACGAGUUCUUGGAAAAGGUUUUUUUGACUGAUGGUUGCUUACUCUAUGCACCAUCUCAGAUUGCAUUGGCAGCUGUGCUACAUGCAGCAAGUAAAGAACAAGAAAACUUAGAUAGUUAUGUCACUGACAUGUUAUUUCAUGAUGCUGGUUCAGAUAAACUAGCUAUACUUAUAGAGGCUGUACGUAAGAUAAGAUCCAUGGUGAAAAUGGUAGAAAGCCCUCCCAGAGAGAGGGUUAGGAUCAUAGAGAAGAAACUUGACCGGUGUAGAAACCAAGAAAACAACCCUGACAGUGAGAUUUACAAGCGGCGGAUGCGAGAAGCCAUUGAUGAGGAUGACAUACCCCAGGGUUCAAGUAGAAUGUCACUCGACACUAGUGGUAUUUCACAAGUACUCUCACCGUCAGCUUCAUAAAAUAAUGAAUAAUGUACAUAGUUUCAUACAUGUAUUCACAGACAUUACUUCAAAUUGUAUUUAAUUUAGUAACUUUCUGACAAGUCGAGAACUCAACAUCUUCAUUUCAUAACUCAUCAUUUGACAGAGCUGGUUCUCAAAUUAUCUAUGGAGAUGAAGGUGAUGAGAUAAUUGUAUAAGAGUAUAGAUUAUUUUAUCUAUAUUGUUUAACAGCUUUUUACAACUAAAUAAUUUGUUAUUUAAAUUAAUUCAUUUAUUUAUCAAUCACAUGUGGUCAGUAUUGCUUUUUGUUGAUAAAUGAAUGAAUGGAUAAGUGAAAUGUUGCUCUAAGAAUUCAUGAUGAUUUUGUAAAUAUAAGUUUUUGACUAAUAUAAAGAAAGACAUGAAAUAAACUAAGAAUUGGACAUA